AUGGCGACUUGGAUGAGGAAGUUUAUAUGCAUUUGCCUCCGGGUUAUUCAGUGUAGACUGCUGGGACAAUUUGUGGGUUACGCAGAUUAUUCUUUAUUCACAUUUUAUUCGGGUACUGAUUUUUUGGCGGUCCUUGUUUACAUUGAUGAUCUCGUUAUUGCUUGGAAUAAUACCAGUCGAUGCACUUCCUUCAAGUCCUAUCUUAACAGUUCCUUCAAGAUCAAAGAUUUGGGUCCCUUAAAGUUUUUCUUGGGCAUCGAGAUAACACACACUCGCAUUGGUCUCUUUCUUUCACAAAGGAAGUAUACUCUUGAGAUAUUAGAAGACUGCGGUUUAUCUGCUGCUAAACUUACCGCUUUCCCUAUUAAACAACAUCAUCGACUCGCAUCCUCAACUACUCCAGUUCUGUCCGAUCCUGCUUGUUACCGCCGCCUUAUAGGUCGUCUUCUCUAUCUCACCAUCACUCGUCCUGAGCUGUGCUACUCAGUUUAUUUACUGGCUCAAUUCAUGCACAAGCCUCGUGAGAGUCAUUGGGACGCUGCUAUUCAUGUUCUUCAUUACCUCAAGCACAGUCCAGGACAAGGCAUCUUCCUCAGUCGCCCAACCUCUCUUCAGUUGAUCGAUUACUGCAAUUCUGAUUGGUCUGGUGAGCUUAUUACUUCCUAUGUGCCUACCAAGUUCCGGCUCGCUGAUAUCUUCACGAAGGCAUUGGGUCGUGAUCGUUUCCACUUUCUUCUCCGCAAGUUGGGCAUUCGAGAUCUUCAUGCUCUAACUUGA